AUGGCCCACAAUAAUGGCGUAAAUGUGGCUGAUCCACUUGCACAAGAAACUUUGUUGAAAGAAAUGGCCAAGAAAGAAGCGUUUCUUAAUCAAUUGUAUAAUGAUUCAUCACUUGGAUUAUAUCACAUGAGUGAGCAUAUUCGUAGAAGAGUACCACAAAUCAUUGAGGAAAAGAGAGGAUUAAUUAAUUUAGAAAAAGAUCUAGAAAUCGCGAUUUCAGAUGCGAAAGAUUCUUAUACAUUAGUGAAAUCUCUGCAGACAAUAUCAAGCUUUAAAAAUAUUGGUGAUUUACUGAAAAGCACUUUAGAUAUUGUAGAAGCAGCAAAAAUUAAAAAAUAG